AUGGGGUCGCGGAGCAGCCCGGAGGAGGGGAUCCCGCCGCCGUCGGGCCCGGAGUAUGACGCGGAGGUCCGGCCCCAAGAGGCAGCCCGGCCCCACGACCACCCCGAAGGUCCCCGCGAACAGGUGGCUCCCGAGGCGCCGACGGAGCUUCCGAGCGGCCGAGGAGCUGAGCAGCAGGCGGAGGAAGAGGAAGAAGUGGGAGAAGGCAGCAGCACCGAGAGCAGCCGCGACGCGGCCGAUGCCGCGGCUCCCGUGCUGAUCCCGGCCACACCCUCCCCAUCCACCCCUUCUAGGGAAGGGGUGCGAGGGGCGGCGCGGCGGCUGCGAGGGCAGCAGCUGGAGGCACUGACUCGCGUGGCCCUGAUGGAGCAGCGAGUGAAGGAGCUACAGCGCCAGAGGAAGGAGCUGAGGAUUGAGAUGGAGGUGGAGGUGGCCCUGCUGCGGGGUGAGCUGGCUGGGGAGCGAGUGGCCGCUCGGCGGGAGGAGGAGCAGCUCCGUGAGCUGCUGGGGCAGCAGGUGGACGCCGAGCGGGGCUGCCGGGAGCAGCGGGAGCGGGAACUGAGGCGACUGAGUCAGGAGCGAGAUCGCAUGGAGGGUCUUCGCCAGAGACUACAGGAGGCCCAGGAACAGCUCCACUCACAGCCAGAGGACCAGCGUGAGCGGCUUCUGCAGGGGGUGCAGGAGAUGAGGGAACAGCUGGAUGUGGCCCAGCGUGCCUAUGAGGACCUGGAGUUCCAGCAAUUAGAGCGGGAGAGCCGGCAGGAGGAGGAGGAUCAGGACAGCCUUGGGGCUCAGGCGCCAGACCCCAAGGUUCAGGAGCUGCAGGCCAGUGUGGCACAGCACAGGGUGAGGGGGUGCCUACAGCGCCGGAUCCAGGUCUUAGAGGAGCAGCUCAAGUUGCUGGGGGAGCAGAUGGCAGCUGAGAGCCGAGGGCUGAGCCAGAAGAAGGAGGAGGCCCUUCGGGCACUGAGACAGGAACAGAGCCGACUGCUUGAGCUCAAUGGCCUCCAGGGAACACCCGGUGGGGACUUCUCUGAGCCCAACCAGGCUCUCACUAAGCUACUCUUCACCCAGAAGACAGACCGCCAGCUGCUGGUGCUCCAGGACCCCACCGCUCACACUGCUGCCACCUCUACCUCUUCCUGCCUCUUCUCCAUUCACAGCUCCCUGCAGGGCUCCAUUGGCCUCCAGAGGACUGGAAGCCUGCCCCGGAAAAGAGGAGAGAGGGUGAGCCAGAGAGGAUCCCCCCGGCCUCUGUCCCUCCAUUGUACUGGAUCCCUGCAGGCCUCGGCUCUCUCGCCAGCAGCAGGGGACACCAGGAGAUACUCCCUCUAUCAGCUGCUGAACUGUGGCCAUGGGAAUAGCUGUGGGGCCCUCCACCCAGACAUUGCCCAUAUGGAGCGGCUUCUGCAGCAGGCUGUGGCAGAGAGAGAGCGGCUGCUCAAGGCCAGGGAAGGGAUGAGAAGGAGCACAGAAGUUUCCUCAGGCCAGGCUGUUCCUGCCAUCAUGGCCCCACCCACACCCCCACUCCGCCCUCCAGGCCCCCGCGUCUUGGAUCUCCAGCAGCACCUGGAACGAUGGGGCCACAACCUGGAAAACUGCCCACAUGUGCGGCUGACCGGGAGCUGCUGCCGCGGGCCCCUGGUGAAGAUGGGUGGCCGCAUCAAGACCUGGAGGAAGCGAUGGUUCUGUUUUGACCGCCAGGCCCGCCGCCUGUCCUACUACGCGGACAAGGAGGAGACCAAACUCAAAGGCGUCAUCUACUUCCAGGCCAUCGAGGAAGUCUAUUAUGACCACUUACGCUGUGCCUUCAAGAGCCCCAGCCCCCGCCUGACGUUCUGCGUCAAAACCUAUGAACGCCUUUUCUACAUGGUGGCCCCGAGCCCCGAAGCUAUGCGCAUUUGGAUGGACGUUAUCGUCACCGCGGCUGAUGAGAACCACGCCCCCUGAGUGCCCACGCCCCCUGGGGGACGUCUCGGCGAGGCUCCGCCCUCUCACGCACGCGGCGGCAAUCCGAGGCCCCGCCCACUGUCGGAAACCUUGGGCCCGCCCCUUUGGAACUCUCCCGGGAAUUUUGCGUGUGCUGCGGCUUAGCUGGCCUGAGCCGCGGCGCUCUGGGCUGCAGGCGACUUCCCCCGACGGGAUCGCCGGCGCCUGGGGCCUUAUCCCGGGCAGGAGGAAGAUUGCGGGGGUGGGAAAGAACUAUUUAUUGGUGCUCCUGUGAUACCGAAUUAAACAUGGAGGAAAAA